AUGAGGGCUGUGAAUUUUAAUCAAAGUGGAAUUUUAACAAAUUCCCACUUCUGCUACAGAUUUUUACAAAAUUCGUGCAUAAAACACAUUUAUCCAUUGACUUUCCGAAUUAUUAUGUAUAUAAUUAUGUGGGCAAUAAUUGUAUUCACUGUGUUGGGAAACAUGUUUGUCAUCAUUGCAAUUUCUCAUUUCAAGCAGCUUCAUACACCAACCAACUAUCUCAUCCUGUCUUUAGCAAUAACUGAUCUUCUUAUUGGAGGCAUUUUAAUGCCACCUACUGUGAUAAGAACUGUUGAAACAUGCUGGUAUCUUGGGGACAUUUAUUGUAAAUUUCACAGCAGUGCUGACACCAUGCUUUGUAUGACCUCUCUUUUACACAUUUUCAUAAUUUCAGUUGAACGGUAUUUUGCAAUAUGUCAUCCAUUGAGAUACAAGUCUAAAUUUACAGUGGUUCUCAUCACAAAAUUAGUUUUUUUUUGCUGGUCUUUAUCAGCCAUGUAUGGAUUUGGAAUGAUAUUUGUUGGACUAUCCAUAAACUUAUAUGAUGAAAGCAACUAUUGCAUAGGAAGCUGUGUCCUUGUACAGAAUAAAGUCUCAAAUUUAGUUUCUGCUUUAUUUACAACUUACAUGCCGGGGCUUAUAAUGGUUGGAAUCUACAUAAAGAUCUACUUAGUAGCAUCAAAACAAUCCAAAUCUAUUAGAGAAAUGAGUAAAGAAUAUGGGGAUGUAGGACUGAGAAAAAGAGAAAGAAAAGCUGCAAAAACAUUGGCAAUAGUUUUAGGGGUAUUUUUGUCUUGCUGGUCUCCUGUUUUCUUUUGGUAUACACUUAAUCCUUUCAUUACAUUUUCUGCUCCCAUUUUAGUUAUAGAGUUUCUGUUGUUAUUUGCUUAUAUGAACUCAACAUUUAAUCCUUUAAUCUAUGCUUUCUUCUAUAGUUGGUUUAGAAAAGCCCUUAAAAUAAUAAUACAUGGAAAAAUAUUUGAUGGUAAUUCUUCUUCAAUAAAACUUUACGAUGAAUAA